AUGGGCGCGCAGGACGGCGAUGGAGGCAACGCCAUUCCAGAUAUCACGGCUGGCCAGAAGAUGGUGUCGGCCAUGUCGGGAAGCUUGUUGACGUCGCUGCUCGUGACUCCGUUGGACGUCGUCCGAGUGCGGCUCCAGUCGCAAUCAUCGACCAAGACCGCAACGACUGCCGCCAGGACCGUCGACUUUUCUAGGCUGAUGCGAACAACCACCAGCCUCACGCCCGUGCAAAGCGCCGAACUGGGCGUCACAGCGUGCUGCCGCGAGGUUUUUUUCGCAGGCGGCUCCAUUGAUUACUGUCUCGCCGUUCCCAAGCUUGAAGGCAUCCCGGCACCGAGCGGCGUCGCCGCGGCCGACUGCGCGGUAGAAGAAGUCCAGAGGAAGACAUAUAACUCGACGAUUGACGGGCUGCGCAAGAUCGCUCGCAAUGAAGGAUUCACAACGCUGUGGAGGGGCCUCUCACCCACACUCGUCAUGACCAUCCCCGCCAACAUCAUCUACUUCACAGGAUACGACUGGCUGCGGUUUAACCCCGUCAGCCCGUUCUCCCACUUCUCGGACGAUUACGCACCCCUGGUUGCCGGAUCUGCCGCCCGACUUGUUGCGGCAACAGCCGUCAGCCCUAUCGAGCUCAUUCGCACCCGUAUGCAGGCUGCCUCUGGGUCAACAACGAACCAUCUGGUCGAGACCUUUAACGGAAUUAGGUCCAUGGUCGCCUCUCAUGGCUACACUUCGCUUUGGCGGGGGUUGACGCUCACGCUGUGGCGAGAUGUACCAUUCUCUGGCCUCUACUGGUGGGGUUACGAGUCGAUACGAGCAAGACUAUCGGAUCUUCGCGAAGAACGCCAGGGCAGGCCGUUGACCCGCGACACACUCGACGGUCUCAGGGGCACGACGGCGCGGCGUCGUUCGCAGAGUCGAGAGAAGUCUACGCAGACGUUCCUCGACAGCUUUACUGCCGGUGCCAUCUCUGGUGCUCUUGCGUCGAUACUGACCAUGCCUUUUGAUGUCGGCAAGACGCGCACACAAAUCUAUCACAACUCUCCCCACCGGCUUACUGGAAGUGCUCCGGCGCCGGAGGAACAGAAUAUGAUGCGGUUGCUGUGGCACAUCUUCAAGACAGAAGGCUUCCCUGGUCUGUGGCGGGGCUGGAUCCCGCGAACUCUCAAGGUGGCGCCAGCCUGCGCCAUCAUGAUCAGCAGCUACGAAGUGGGCAAGCGAGCGUUUCGAGGCGUCAAUGAGCGUGCCAGAGAAGAGAGCUUUGCCAGAAAGAACUGA